AUGGCACGUAAAAACAACGUCAAAACAGAUAACUCUGGUGUAAUCCAUUUUGACUCCUGUACCAAAGCAGUGAUGGCAGAAGUCUCACAGUCCCAGGAAAAUAUUAAAGAAAAGGUAAAUGCUGUUCGUGAAGUGGUCCUGGGAAAAAGUAACAACGAAAUCAUACUUGUAUUGCAGUAUUAUGAUUACAAUGUGGAAAAGGCCAUACAAGCUUAUCUUGAAGAUGGUGCUAAGUCAGCUUUGACGGAAUGGCAUUUCUCUGGCCCAAAGGUUGCCAGUAAAAAGAAGAAAAACAAGAAAAAGUCCGGGAAAACAACAAAUGGGGAUGACAUGUCACCAACUCAAAAUGGUGAUGUCUCUGAUCACAUAGGAGAGUCUUUGGCCAAUGGGGUUCUGGAAAAUGGAACAUGUGCAAUUAAAUUAGGAAUAGAAGAAGAGACAACUGGAGGAGGAGGGGACAAUAUCACUCCUGAUCUUCCUGCCUCAUCUAGUAUUGUUAAUGGAGUAAUAACUUCCACAGUUACAUCACAUGACCUGGGGGCCAAGGCUUCAGAAGACCAAUCACAUGAUCAGGAAGUAGAGUCACCACAAGUUGCUCCAUCCCUACCUCAGCGACAACCUCAUCAGAAUCACCACAGGCAGCGCUUACAUUCAGGAUCUCAUUCAAGUUCCAACAGGCAGAGAUCAGCAAGUGAACGAAGCACUUCAUCUAAUGUGUCAUCAGAUAGUAGACCAGUGAAGCGGAAAGUUCACGGAGGUAUGGAAAAAUCCAUGAAAGACCUUCACAGACAGACAGUGUCACUUGAGAGGCUGAGGAUGGUGAUGAAUGAAGAGGUGGACAAAAACUUUAAGAGGAUCAAGGCUGUGUUUGAGGAAGUUAGGACAUGUCUCAACAAGAGGGAAGCCGACCUACUGGUAGAGAUGGAGAGAGUGAAGGCAGUAGCUAAUAAUACAUUUGCUUCUCGUCAAAAAACGGCAGCUGACUUGAAAGUGAUGGUAGAUCGAUCAGAAGCAAUGACUGAAGAGGAACUAGCCAAACUUCGCACAGAUAUUAAACACUUCAUUGGAGAUAGGAAAAUUGAUGAAGAACUCAGUCGGACGACUCGUUUUUUGUAUGAUUCUGACUUUCUGAAGCUGGAAGUGGGACGUUUUGGUGAAGUUGUUCCAGUAAAGACGGCAUAUUCCUCACACCCCUCAUAUGUUGUGGAUAAAACACCCUCACCAGACCCCCCACGUGUGGAGACCCCUAGGGUGGACCCUGUGGAAUCGCAACCAACUGUGAAUCAUGCAUCAAAGCACCCUAAUCACGAAGAAAUGUUAACUUCUGAAGAAGCACAUGACAUGGCAGAGUUACAAAAAAGACUGAAAGGAUCAUUAAAAUUACAGGGCCUAGACAAUACCAAGAAAGAUGACAGUUCAAGGCCAGCCACAGCUCCAGCUGCAGAUAACUUGUCUCAGUCAGACCAAUCCUCCUCAACUCGUGGAGCAUAUGAUCCACGUAGAAACAGACGAUCUCGCCCACGUCGUGACGGACCUAGGGGUGGGUAUAGUGGAGAUGGUGGUUCUCGAGGAGGUUAUUAUAAUGAGGGAGGUUCUAGAUAUAAUGGAGAAGGAGGUCGUCGCCCAACUGAAUAUCACAAUAGUAAUAGAGGUCAAAAAGCAGGAGACAACACUGUGCAUAUAGGUCGUCAGUCGCAGUCUUCAGGGAGGGGCGGUAGAGGCAGUCCCAGAGGGCGCGGGUCAGGGAGACCAAGGAGUCCAAGGAAAGAAGGCCCUGGGGGCCCCAGAAACUCCCCCGGGAGUCAAGGCAAUACCACACAACAGAUGCCGCAGCCAACCUGAUCCUAUUACCAAGUCACCUACGCAAAACUGAAUGUGGAGUCUGCUGCAGUGUAAUGGUACAGCAAAUAUGCAAAGUGUUAACAGUAUUUAGAGACACAGGUUUA